CUGUCACCAUGAUUGGGAAAGCAGCCUUACUUCUUGGUAUCGCGGUUGCGCUCGCUUCCGCAGCCAUAGAUAUCAACCCAAGUCGCCCGUUAUUAUUUGGAACUCACAGAAUCAUACCGCAAUUGGGGAAUAAUGCGGAGUCAAACCAUACUGCCAUCUGGAACACAGUGAAUCUACGACAAGGCUACACAAAUCCCCAGAACACGGGGAGUUUUCCGAUGCGGUACGUAAUGAACAACCAGUACUACCGCAGAGGCGGCCCGAUUUUCCUGUUCAUCGGUGGUCCGUGGACAUUGGAAGCGCAUUACGUUGAGCAGGGCCACUUUGUGGAUAUUGCUGCAGCGUUGAACGGCUUUUUAGUAGCGAACGAACUGCGGUACUACGGGGAGAGCAAACCGCUUGAAAAUAUUAGUCGCAACAAUCUACGAUAUUUGCACAAUGUACAUAUUUUAUCUGAACUGGCAAUGUUCAUCGCACAUAUCAAAGAAGAAGUUGUACAGGAUCCUAGUGCGAAGGUGAUCCUUGCUGGAGUUGGCUAUUCUGCCUCUCUAGCGCAAUGGAUGCGUCAACGAUUCCCCCAUUUGGUGGAUGGAGUAUGGUCAUCGAGUGGAAUUGUACAGACUUCAUCUGAUUUUCGUGCAUUUACUGAAGAAGUUGGACAGAUAAUUAGACGUUUUGGUGGUAAUGACUGCUAUAACACCAUUUGGAGUGGUUUCCGUACUGUCGAAAAUCUCAUAGAUAUUGGAAUCUCCAACCAAUUAGAUCAACUAUUCAACACAUGUGAGCCCAUUAACGCUACCAAUUCACUGGACGUGCAAGCAUUUUUCUAUGGUAUCUUCUACGAAAUCAGUUUGGAAGUUGUAAACAAGGAUCUCCAGGAAAAUAUCAGACGUUUGUGCGAACCAUUGACAGAUCCUGAUCAGGAAAAUAGCCUUCUUGCACUGGCUGGUUGGCUGAAAAAUCGCUUCCCAAGUGCAGUCUGCCUCUCGAUGGAUUUCCAAACAAUUGUAGAUACUUAUGCACCAAUCAACUGGGAAAGCGAAAUUGUCGAGUCCGGUGAACGCCAAUGGUUAUUCCAGCGCUGUACCGAACUGGGAUGGCCCAUUACGACGACGUCACAGUAUCAGCCAUUCGGCCAACGGUUUUCUACGGAACUUUUCCACGGUAUUUGCGAGCGACUUUUCGACAGCUGGCUAACUCGCGACAAGUUCGAAGAACUGACGGCACAAACGAACGACUUCUACGGUGGUAGUCGUCCUGAAAUACGAAACAGCAUUUUCACUCAUGGUGGUCUUGAUCCGUGGCGCUUUGCUGGCGUCAGAGCUAUCAGGUCGCCUAACACGUAUGUAAACGUCAUUCCGAAUGCUGUACACGGGCAAGAUCUGGCAUCAAUUUCUGCUGAAGAUUCAGAUGAACUGAGGCGUAGUAAGGAAAUGGUUACGAAUACUAUUCGUAGAUGGGUUAAUUCAAACUAGUUAUAUUAUAAUUAUAUGUUCCCUCUAGUGUAUUACCAAUUCCAAUGUCUAUGUUUAGACCAUAUAGGUAUAUGAGCCUGAAAAUCAACUGAUUUGCUAAAU